AUGACAGUUCCCUGAUUGUUGGAGCGAUGUUUUCCUAGUUUUCCUCUGUCGAACCGGCUUCCCUCUUAUGAGCUGAAAAUACUUCAAAUUCCACCCCAAGGAGAGAUUACCGACACCGGCUCUUUUUUAUUUAUGAAUUCUGGUCGUGUCUUGGAAUAUAUACGGACCUGUUGGCAUACAUCAACAGGUUAAACUUUGGAAUAUGUCCCAAAUAUUUUUGCUCCGUAAAGUAGCUAGCUAGCUUAAAUAACCGUGAAUUAACCGUGGAGGUUGCCAUGGAUAUCGGAGGGGAGACGACCGCCGAGGUUCGGACCAUUUACGCGGCCGUUUCACAUCAACCGGACCCCGAACCGACGAGGCUGGUUUCUUAUAAAGUUUACAAGAGGAGGUGGUUUGUGCUGCUGGUGCUUUGUCUGUUGAACUGCUCCAAUGGAACGAUAUGGCUUACCUUUGCACCAAUUGCGGACCAGUCAGCCCAGUACCUAAAGGUCACUCUGGACGAUAUCAACUGGUUGUCAGUGGUGUUUAUGGUGGUAGCCAUACCGCUCAGCUUUGGGACCACGUGGAUGUUGGAUACCCUGGGCUUACGGAUCACGCUGAUCCUGGGAUCCUGGCUCAACAUGCUUGGAGCUCUGCUGCGCUUCCUUGGCACGCUGCCAUGGGUUGGGUAUAAAUUCCAGUUCCCAACAGUGAUGCUGGGUCAGACCCUCGGUGCCCUCGCCCAGCCUCUCAUCAUCUUCGCCCCGACCAAACUGGCUGCUCUCUGGUUCCCCGACUGUCAACGAGCCACAGCUAACAUGAUCGCCUCCAUGGCCAAUCCCUUGGGCAUCCUGCUCGCCAACAUUAUUUCUCCCGUGGUCGUUAAAACCUUGGCUCAAGUCCCAAAACUGCUGCUGGCCUAUGCUGUCCCAGCAUGCAUCACCUGUUUCCUAGCAACAGUUGGAAUAAGGAGCAGCAAACCUCCAAUGCCACCAUCAGCCAGUGCCGAGAGCUCCGGAUCAGAGGCCUUCAUACAUGGAUUAAAACUGUUACUAAAGAACAGAGCCUACCUCAUCCUUCUGCUGUGCUUCGGCUCAGGCAUAGCCAUCUUUACCUGCUUCUCUACGCUGCUGGAGCAGAUCCUGUGUGUGAAAGGAUACAGCAACGACUUUGCCGGUCUCUGCGGUGCCCUCUUCAUCGUCUUCGGCAUCGUUGGUGCCGGCAUCGUUGGCGUCUAUGUGGACAAGACGAGGAGGUUCACCGAGGUCACAAAGAUGGGCCUGAGCCUCUCCACUCUGUCGUGCAUCGCCUUCUCAGUGGUGUGUCUGAUGCCUGAUCAGAAGGUUGCAGUUGCAGCUGUCUGUUCUCUCUUUGGCUUUUUUGGCUUCGCCAUCUACCCAGUGGCUAUGGAGCUGUCUGUGGAGUGUUCGUAUCCGGUCGGGGAGGCCACCUCAGCUGGACUCAUCUUUGUUUCAGGGCAAAUUCAGUCUGCUGUUUACAUCAUCCUGCUUCAGGCUUUGACCAAACCGCUCACUGAAGCUCCUCUAUCCACCUGUGGAGAUGCAGUCCUGAGCUGGAAAGUGCCCAUGAUGGUGAUGGCAGGGCUGUCCACCAUUUUCACCUGCUGCUUCCUCAUCUUCUUCAACACACGUUACAGAAGGCUGGAGGCGGAGGAACAAGCUGCUUAUGAGACCAGAGAGAACAGCACCAGCACCACCUAUGAAGUAGUGGGGACCUGAAGGGGCUCAGUGGGUCCAAUCCCUAUAUGAAGUUUAAUGGCUGUUGAAUCAGCUCAUAAUGCGCACUAUCAUUCUUUAAAAAUACUUCAGGGAUUCUUUAGACAGUACCUGCGAUAACUUAUUUAUGUUUUCUCUUACAUGAAAGGAGGAUAUAUAAUCAUAGAUUUCCUGCACCAUUAAGCUAAUCAUAGAGAGGACAUUUUAGUUAUAGUCACCCCUAAUUAAAUGCUUAAAAAGUGUUAAAUAUGUUCAGUGAUUAAAUCCCUACUGGCACAGUACUGUCCUUUUUUAAUGUUCUCUUAAUACUGGAUUAAAGCCCCAUCAUAGUCUGCAUGAUGGGGCAGUUUGCAUUCGACUGCAGCCUGAAAAACAUGAUUGCACUCAGUGUAACCUACCUAUGCACAAUUUGGAGUUGUGUGCACGUCAUUAGCUGGGAGUCCAGCAGAUAGCGAUAUCUAGGUGCAAAGGGCUUCUUUGGCAAAAUUCUUGGGGUUCCAGUCAGAUUAGGAGCAGAAAACAACGGGCAUAUCUACUGCAGCUCUAGAUUUAAAAUCUGGGAUUUAAGGCUGGUU